GGCGGCAGGAAAAGGCCGUCCUUCCGGCGGACUGGUAUCAUUCGGCAACGGCGGGGUGCAGGUACUGAGGUCAGUAGCGGAGGACGUCGAGGACCCGGGGUAUAUUAAUCUGCAGGACCCAUCCUCGCGCCAUUAUCGCGGGUAGCCGCCCGUCAUGCGGCGCGCUCGAUUCGUCGGGAGAGCAUGCAGUCGGUUUAUUCGGAACGGGCGUCCCGAGGCAGCAUCCGAGGUCGGUAUCGGCAGAGGUCGAGGGCAGAGGGGACGGGAGCGUGGGGACUGGGGAGUCGUUGUCGACGUUGGCAGCGAUCGGCUAUUCUCUGGUCCAGGAGCACCCCUGCGCCAAUCCCGUCAAGCAACUGUCAGCGCAAAGGGUGGAGAGAUGUCAUACAUGGCAUGCCUGAGGCCACCGUGAACGCCGUGCGACGCUGCCACGCUCGCAAGUCGCAAGGUACCUUUUUUCCCUCCGCAACGUCACCGGCGGCGAGACGGAGACGACGACGACGACGACGACAUGGAACGGCCGACUUCAGGGGCUCAACGUCGAGUCGAGUCCCCACGCUGUCGAGCGAUGGAAGCAUGGCCCAAACAACGGUUGCUUUUCCGCCUCGUGCCUGUGCGUUUGCCCGUGAGCUUGACAGGUCGCCAUGUUAAUUUCGAGGCCGGCCGUGGCGGCGGACGGGCCACCCACGACAGGUAGGCGCAACCUUAACGCUUGUCAGAGAGUCUAGAGAGGGAAAAUGGCACGUCCCCACCACGCAGAUGAAGAUGGACCUGCGGGCCGUUGCAGUGGUGCUGGGCGGGGGGGCGCGCGCGCACCCUGAGUCUCGAGUCCUCCCAGCUACCAAUCCUGGCCCGCGCCUACAUAAUCUCAGUCCCCGGCCCUUUGCGCGGG